CUUCUUUGUGCCAGCUCCUGUAAUCCCAUGAGAGCCGUCACCUGCAGAUGGCCCGCUGAGGGGAGAAGCUAUAGGGCUGGGCGGGCCUGUCCUGCAUCACAUAGCUGAGCACAGGUCCAGGUGUCCAAGCGCAGACCCGGACAGACCCGCUGUCGGUGGGUUUCCCGUCCUGGGAGUCCAGGAAGAGAAGUACUAUCUGACCCCUAAUCAUUCCUAAGGAGGACCAUCGCAGACCGCUCCAGAAAUGUUUUUCAGAGUCCGGAGACUGACUCUGGGCUACAUCCGGCUGCUGCAGACCCAGGCCUACCACAAUGUGUCCGUGACGCCCCCGGCCGAGACGAGCAUGCCGGGCUUGGCUUUGCUGCUGGGGGCCACGGGGAUCGGGAUGUGUGGCUACAGCUCCAGGCAGCUGGCCCUCUACCACCGGCCCUCCGCCCGCGUGCUGCAGUGGGCCGGCACGCACACGGACGCCAGCGUGGCGGCCACAGCAGCCCAGAGGACCCCCUUCCUGGAUGUCAAUCGCCGGGUCGGUGCCUGCCAGGAGAUCCCGCCCAUCUCCUUCGUGGGCCAGAGAGUUCCCGCGAGAUAACAACCGUUUGAUGCUGGGUUGGAUAUUGAUCGGCCAACAUCUUAGGUUGAGCUCCAGUUGCUAAACUUGUGCACGACGAGGAUUGAAGCCGUGCCGGCCCCCAGUGUGGCCCAUGUGCUCUCUGAAGCGGUGCAAGUGUGGAUAUUUGACCUUGAUGUUCGCAGGAAGCUGGUGGUGGUCGUGUAGUAAUAAAGAAUGAUGUGCAAAUAGUUGAAAAGCUAUUGGAUGGAAUCAAUUACUCACUAGUAUUAGAGUGGGCACGAAGCAAUAUGAAUGAUUUGAUUACGUAAUACCGAAUACUGGGCCUGAAUGUAGCUCAAAGGAGCGAACGUGUUUAAAUGUGGAGACAUUGUGUGUCUUUAUCAAGGGCUUGGCGUUAAAAGGGACCGACGCCCGGCAGGGCCUCUCUCUACACAGAUGGCUGGCAACUCUCUCUCUGUCAUCCCCGCUCCCCGGCCAUGUGUCACUUUGGUCUGAACGAAGUGAAAGAGCAACAAGCACCUGCAGGGCCCCACCAGUGGCCCACACCCCAUUACUGCAGAAUGGGUAACUUCACCAGCAAGGACGGCCAUGGACCCACAGGGGCCCUUGGGGAUGGUUUCCACACUCCUCCUGCUUCUCCACAGAGUGAGGGCCCUGCUCCUAUGCCCGGCGUCCCCCAACUCCUUCACCCUACUUCCCCUCAACCUUCCCCCGGAGCACCGGUUUCAUCGCCGCCUCCAGUCCCGGUCCUCACAUCCAGUGGGAAGAAACCACAGCCAAGCACCAACCCAAGCACUUCCAGUGCUGCUCCUGAAUGGAGGCCUCCUCCACCCGUCGGUUCAAAUAGCUUCACCUUUGGCCCUGGAGUUAGCCCACUGCACCCCAAGUCAGGAAGUACUGUGGGUAGAGGUGCUUUGGGGAGGAAUGGGGGUCCUCCUACUUCCACCCCUCGACCUUUGGCUUCCCAGGGGAAGACUGUGUCCAGCAGCCCCACAAAGAGCCCCUCUUCUCUGGGUAGUGCCUCACCUGUGGUGGGCAGCUCUUCUGGGCAGAACUGGAGGGAAAGGGACAGUGGUCUGAUUCAGUCUUUACUGCCGGCUCAGGAAGCUGGGGUCAGCCAGGGGGAGGAGCUUGAGACGCUGCUGGAGGAGUGCAGGUCAACAUUGGGUAUCACUGCCGGUCAGGAUGGGGCCACCUGCACUGCAGAGAUACUGAAGCAUCUACUGACAGAAGUGAAGAGUUUGAAGAGUACUUUACAGACGGAGCGUGGGGAAUGGCUGCAGUUCCAGGCUGACCUCCAGGUGGCGGUGGCGGUGGCAGACCGCCUGAGAGCCGAAGCAGAAGAAGAGCUGACCGCGCUCCGAGCGGCGCACAAAGACGUGGAGAGGGAGCUGGCCGCUUCCCAGCAGAGACAGAAGGAGGCCGAUGUGCAACUGGUGACCCUGAGAGGGGAGCUGAAGCAGAGCAGGCAGAGACUGGCUACUCUGGCCCAGGCUCCAUGCCAGGAAGCAGAAAGGCCCAAUGGAGAAGCAACCAACAGCUCCGAAAGCAAAGAAGGGACCCCAAGGGGCAGAGAGAGAGGGCCGUACAGGCUCGGGCGAGAAGGAAUGGAAAGUGGGAGUCUGAAUGAAUCGACGAAGAACGUCGUGAGCGAGGAUGCCCGAGCGGACUGUAAAGGUGUGACCAAGCGGUACCUGAGGAACGUGAUCAAUAAGGAUCGGAGCGGAGAGGAGGUGCGAUGCAGCGAGACGCGAAGGACCUUAACCUCGGAGAGGUCAAGGAGCCUAUCCAGGUUGCCUGCCCCCUCAGGCUCCCCCACCAUGCAGAAUGGAACAUCCCAGCCCCAUACCGCCUCAACUGGUGGCCCUAUAAACAAGAACUCGGGGCAACUGAGAGGCCGAAGAGGUCUGGAUUGGCAAGACAGUCGGUCAAGCGCUGACACAGGAAAACGUGAGGAGUCUCUAAACAAGUACAACUCCACCCUCAUGGAGCUGCCAGCCACCAAGUCUCAGGAUGGUUUCAACCUGCUGCUGCGUCGACACGGAGGCUCAAAGAGAAACUCUCUGCUCCGUUGGUGUCAGAGCCGAACACACGGCUACAAGAGUAUCGACAUCACCAACUUCAGCAGCAGCUGGGCCGACGGUCUCGCCUUCUGUGCCGUGUACCACACCUACCUCCCCUCGCACAUCCCUUACACCACGCUCGCUCCAGAGAACAAGAAGGAGAAUCUCAGCCUGGCAUUCAAAACAGGAGAGACCGUUGGGAUUGCACAAACCCUGACGGUAGAGGAGAUGCUGAGAGCAGGAGGACCUGAUUGGCAAAGGGUCCUGAACUACGUGGAGAGCAUCUACCGUCACUUUGAGAUGUGACUGCUGCAGGUAUACUCACUCGUACAGUGAUCCCGAGAGAAGGGAUCCUUAAGGACUCUCCGAAGUUAGUUGUAAUGGUUCCCUCAAUACUAUAAUAUACGUUUUCUUGUGGGACCGGAAACUGGAUAAACUUCCGUUUAAGAUACAAUUUCCUGAUGAAGACUCCCAGUCAAACAUAAAAAGUCUUUAUAAUUUGAAUUUGCUGCUGUGGUUUGAAGUCCCAUCUGCUUGUAAUACGCUUCAUAAAAUGUUCUUUAACCAGAA